UAGUACAUUCGCGUUCGUGUAUCACGUAAGGUGUACAAAUUAGUAUUUGGUAUUAAAAUGGAAACCAAACGAGACCGCGAAGUUUUUGCACAUGAAGGAUACUUGUACAAUUUUGACAAGUAUAGUGUUGACAAGCAAAAAAAUAUUGGAGGUGUCGUCAAAAAAAUACUUGUCUAGCCCGGAUCCAUACGAAUAUUGAUAAUUCAAGUGUCUUAAAUGUAUUUCAAAACAAUCAUAUUCAUGAUUCUGAAGCCACCAUAAUUGAAAAAGAAAUUUUCAUUGCAAAUAUUAGAAAACGAGCAUUAUCAACAAUGGAACAAACAUCAUGUGUUAUUAAUGAAUGCACAUUAGGACUAUCACAAGCUGCAAAGGGCGUUCUUCCAAUUAAUGAUGCAUUGAAAAAACAAAUAAAAAGGAAAAGAAAUCUUGUUCACUCAGCUCCACCAGCACCCUUAGAUCUGUUAUCAUUAGAAAUACUCCAAACGUAUUUACAUGAAGAAAGAUUUCAAGAACAAUUUUUUCUAGUAGACAGUGGUAAAGAAAUUCAUAGAAUUUUAACAUUUGGAAGACUGUCAGCAUUAAAUAUUUUGCAACGUUCUAAGACAUGGUUUGUAGAUGACACAUUUAAUAUUAGACCUUCGUUAUUUGCUCAGUGACUUGACACCUACAAUUUUUUAAAGUUGCGGCGCCAAAAAGAUCGGCGCCAAAUCGGUCCAGCGUCCAAAUGGCCGCGCCAAAACGUCCUAGACCGCUAUUUCGACCCGGGUCUUUCAUGCGAUAAAAGUUCAGUGAAAACUCAGUUGCACAGAGAAUUGAGAAAUAUACCGGUUUCCGGCUAAUACGAGUAUACGAUACCACAUUUACAUGUGAUAUUAUAAUUUGUGACCGGACAAUGUUAAAUUUUUUAGGGCAUUUUUUGAUUUAUUCCCCUAUCGUCUAAAGGUGAGGUUCUAUUAUUUUGUACCAGCAAUGGUGCACUGUCCGACUUAAAAAUAUUAUUUUAAUUUAUAUAAUUAUAGUUUUUUUACGAGUGACAAAUUAUUGCCAGUCAAAAACCGUUUAAUGCAGCUAAAUAUUUUCGGUCCAAUUAUUUUUGUGAUACUAUAAUAAUGCCGGUCAGAGCUCGUUCAAAAACCAUUGUACCAAUGUUUUACGUUUUCCACAGGAGCAGUGUCAUUAAAAAAAAAUGAAUCAAUAAAGUUAUGUCAAAUAA